CGUCGGUGGACUGUCUGUGUGUGGCACGGCGCUGCUGGACGGACGGAGGGGAAAUGUGAGAGUGGAGUACAGCGGCGCGCUCUGAAACCUUCCAAACCUCUUCAAAAUCGGAAGUACAUUUUGGCACCGUCUUUUUUUCCCCCCCAUCCCCCCGGAUUACGCAGACAUAUUUUCCCCCCUUCUUUCCUGACACCGCUCGUCCGAGCCUCGGAGUGUUUGUGGUGGUUUUUAGUGAGUUAAAUCUUUGUCGCCUUCGCUUCGGACGCGCAGAGCAGGAGACCCAGCCGCUUCCACUCACACGCAGAGAGAGGGAGGGAGCGCGCUGGAGAUGUGGACGGCGACCAGCGGGACGGGUUUCGACGCUUGGACGCCUUAAAGUGCGCGUACGGCGGUGGCCACGGGUUAUUGUUAUUAUUAUUAAUUUUUUUUUACAAGUUUAUCUCCGUUGUUUUGCCGCGGUGGAUGCUUAGUGGACGCUUGAGGACGCGAAAGCAGAAGUGCCUAAAAGGCUACAGGGAGGGAGCGGAGCUCUAACAGCAGGGGUUUUGGUGCCCAGGGCUUUUGUUUUGCCCCCAGCGGCAAGUUUCGGCUCUUGGUGUCCGGCUCAUGUGCUGAUCACGGUGCCUGAGAGCCUCCUCAACGCAGAGACCAGCGAGCCAUCUCCUGCUGAGUGAAGGAUUCAGCUCAAGAUGUAUCCACAAGGCCGGCAUCCGGCGCCCCACCAGCCUGGUCAGCCUGGCUUCAAAUUCACAGUGGCGGAGUCCUGUGACAGGAUCAAAGACGAAUUUCAGUUUCUGCAAGCGCAGUAUCACAGUCUUAAGGUGGAGUACGACAAACUGGCCAACGAGAAGACUGAAAUGCAGCGCCACUAUGUCAUGUACUAUGAGAUGUCCUAUGGGCUGAACAUUGAAAUGCACAAACAGACCGAGAUUGCUAAAAGGCUUAAUGCAAUUCUAGCUCAGAUCAUGCCUUUUCUGUCACAAGAGCACCAACAGCAGGUUGCGCAGGCUGUUGAGCGUGCCAAGCAAGUGACAAUGACAGAGCUGAAUGCCAUCAUCGGGGUACGUGGACUUCCCAAUCUGCCUCUCACCCAGCAGCAGCUCCAGGCCCAACACCUAUCUCACGCAGCUCAUGGCCCUGUGGCUCUGCCCCCACACCCCUCGGGCCUGCAGCCCCCAGGCAUCCCACCAGUUACAGGCUCUGGUUCGGGCCUCCUGGCACUAGGUGCUUUGGGCAGCCAGCCUCACUUGUCUGUGAAAGAUGAGAAGAACCACCACGACCUGGAGCACAGAGAGAGCACGAACAACUCCAUCUCUCCAUCUGAUAGCCUGCGUACCUCCAGUGAGAAGCACCGUGGCUCCUCAGAUUACAGCCUGGACUCAAAGAAGCGCAAAAUGGAAGAGAAGGACAACCUGAGCAGAUAUGACAGCGAUGGAGACAAAAGUGAUGACCUUGUGGUCGACGUUUCUAACGAGGACCCUGCCACACCCCGAGCAAGUCCAGCUCACUCCCCACCAGAGAAUGGCAUAGACAAGCCCCGCCCUCCAAAGAAGGACACGCCCAACAGCCCUGCAUCUGUGGCCUCCUCUGGCAGCACACCUUCCUCCAAAACCAAGGAGCAUGGCCAUAAUGACAAAUCCUCGACGCCUGGUCUCAAGUCCAACACCCCCACUCCACGUAACGAUGCCCCUACCCCUGGCACUAGCAGCACGCCAGGGCUGCGGCCUAUCCUGGGCAAGCCCCCUAUGGAAGCUCUGGCUGCUCCUGCACUGCGCACCCCCCUCUCCUACCCGACGCCUUUUGCCAUGAUGGGCCACCACGAGAUGAACGGCUCACUGACCAGUCCCGGCGUCUAUGCUGGCUUGCACAUCUCACCUCAGAUGACUGCGGCUGCUGCUGCCGCCUAUGGCCGCACGCCCAUUGCCAGCUUUGAGCAUCCUCAUAUGAGAGCCCCAGGUCUCCCUGCUAGCCUCACCUCCAUCUCUGGGGGGAAGCCGGCCUAUUCUUUUCAUGUCAGUGCUGAUGGGCAGAUGCAGCCUGUCCCCUUCCCUCCAGAUGCUCUGAUUGGGCCCGGAAUCCCACGCCAUGCCCGGCAGAUCAACACACUGAGCCAUGGUGAGGUGGUGUGCGCUGUUACCAUCAGCAACCCCACACGACACGUCUACACUGGUGGCAAGGGCUGCGUCAAAAUCUGGGACAUCAGCCAGCCUGGCAGCAAAAGCCCGGUGUCCCAGCUCGACUGCCUAAACAGGGAUAACUACAUUCGUUCCUGCAAACUGUUGCCCGAUGGACGCACUCUGAUCGUGGGCGGUGAGGCCAGCACUCUGACCAUCUGGGACCUGGCCUCACAGACUCCUCGCAUCAAGGCUGAGCUGACCUCUUCAGCCCCAGCCUGCUAUGCUCUGGCCAUAAGCCCUGAUGCCAAGGUCUGCUUCUCCUGCUGCAGUGAUGGCAACAUCGCUGUCUGGGACCUCCACAACCAGACUCUUGUCAGGCAGUUCCAAGGCCAUACAGACGGUGCCAGCUGCAUUGACAUCUCACAUGAUGGUACUAAACUAUGGACAGGAGGCCUGGACAACACUGUGCGUUCGUGGGACCUAAGAGAGGGCCGGCAGUUGCAACAGCAUGACUUCACGUCUCAGAUCUUCUCACUGGGCUACUGCCCAACGGGCGAGUGGCUGGCUGUGGGCAUGGAGAGCAGCAAUGUAGAAGUGCUCCAUCACACCAAGCCUGACAAGUACCAGCUCCACCUGCAUGAGAGCUGUGUGCUCUCCCUCAAGUUCGCCUACUGUGGUAAAUGGUUCGUGAGCACUGGGAAGGACAAUCUGUUGAACGCAUGGAGGACUCCCUACGGCGCCAGCAUAUUCCAGUCAAAGGAAUCAUCCUCAGUCCUGAGCUGCGACAUCUCAGCAGAUGACAAGUACAUCGUCACCGGCUCUGGCGACAAGAAGGCCACAGUGUAUGAAGUGAUCUACUAGAAAGACGAGUAACUGAGUAGAGAAGCUCAUGCCGUGUAGAGUGAGACCGGAGCGUUUGGGGUACUGCACUCCUCCUCACUCCAACGACUCUUCUAGUCAGACAGACAGGAUAGCACCUGUCUGUCUGUCUGUCUGCCUGACUGUCUGUGUCAGUCUCAUCCCCCAUCACCUAAUCAUGGACAGCCUGACUGACAAAAGCCUGGAUUAGUCAUGUAUGGGCUGUAAUGAACUGGACUGGGGUGGACUGGACUGGACAGCCUUCAGCCACUAAUGCUUCUUACAUGCUCAUCUCUCCCUCAACCACCACACCCAGCGAGUCAUAUGGCACUAGAGAAGAGAUUUUUUUUUUUUAAAGUACAGUGCGAAUGUUCCAUACUGCAGCGUGAAGCAGCGCUUCGUUCUGAAACUUUAUCCGUUUGGAGGUUCUGUGAAAAGUGUACAUAAUGGAGUAUUAAAAGGCCUUUUAUAGAUUUAUAUUUUGGUGUCCAGUUACAUUUGUGAUGGUUCUUUCUCUCUCCCCACCCCUUUCCUCUCCUUGAUGCUUUGUUUUCCACCGGGGCUUGGAAAUUAGAUUAGGACUUUUUUUUUUUUUCUAAGGAUAUUCUAUCUUUUUUUUUUUUUUUUUCCUGCAAAGUUCGUAUUCCAGGCUAACCUUUUUAUGGAAAUCUAAUUUACCCCCCUCCCUCUCUCUGAAAACAAUUUUGAGCUAGAUCACAUUUCAGAGAUGUUUUUUUGUAAAAUGUCCUGUGGAUCUUGCCCCUCCUCGCAGUGGAGAGCUCUUGCCUUAGCGGUCCGCUAAAGCACCUGAGGCAACAGCUGUUGCUCAGCAUUAAGAGCAGUUCCUGCAGAAGGUGGGCAGACACUCAAGAUUCCACCUGAUGAGGAGUGACUGUUCUGACUCCCUACAGGCAGCCUUCUAGAAGACAGGCCAGCUUCCUCCAGAAGGAAGAACCCUUUGUUGUGGACAGACAUGGGGAUUAUGGAGUAUGUUUGAUUGUACAGUCUGACCGGACUCUUCCAUAAGAGCCUCUGAGAAGACAGGCCAGCUUCCUACAGAGGAAAAGCCCUGUGAUGUGGACAGGCAUGUGGAAUACAUUUGAUCGCACUGUCUGACUGGAGGACCCUUCCAUGACCUGUGACUUCACUGCAUUACCGUAUGAACAGGACACAGUAUUUUAUCUUGUAGUGGACGGACAUGAUUUGGAUGAAUCGGUUAAUAUUUCCUCAGCCCCCGUGAUGUUCUCUGGGGUUUGUGUGCAUAGUGUCUUGUACGCAAGAAGCAUAGUCCGCUAACAUGCCUACAGCUAAGCCAAACAAAGCGUAAAGGCCAAGACUAACGUGCAGGCAUUUAUGACAUGAUUGGCCAAGUUGUCCUUUGCAUCCCGCUAUUGUCAAACUCCCCUCCCUUUUACAUAGAGUCUGAGGAUACAGUCACGUCUCAACACACACCAAAGUAUGUAGCAAACUGUGUUGUCACUGAAGAUAUGUACAGUUGUUGAUAAUUCAAUAAACUGUUUUUGUAUAAAAAAGAA